GCGCCCCGCUCGACACCGGCGACCAUGGCUCUGAUGGCCAUCUUCGUAUUCCUCCUCGUCGCCGCGCUGCAUGUGCUCGACAGCAUGCUCGAUCUCGCCAGGAAGAGGGGAUCAUUAAGCGAUGCGCAGCUCAAAUUACGGGUGGAAAUUUCGGAGAUCAACAAAGAGGCCAGCCUUCUGUCAACGCCAUCGACGUUUGCGCAGUGCGCAAAGCUCAAGCGGCUCGCUGUUGCUAAAGAGAAGGAACUUUCAAAGUUGCAACAGUCGGACAUUAAGGGGAAGCAGUCUUUACAUGACAAAUAUGGAAAAGUUUUGUUGGGUGCCAAGGUCCUAACCUAUGGUCUGCUCAUUCUGUGGUUUUGGAGUGCACCUGUAACUACUGUACCCAUGCAUCUUCUGCAGCCCUUUGGAAGGAUGUUCUCCUGGAGAGGUAUCGAUCCUGCUACAGGCCAUGUUGUGGUUGGAAUUAUCCCAUGGCUAUUUUUGACUUCUCGCGUCAGCAAAUUAUUAUCCCAAAAACUUGUCCCCAUUUUUCUGCAUUAGUAGAUCAUUUUGAUGAGUUAGACGUGAUUUGAGUUUUUUGUUCUCUCUCACAUUUUGUACAUGACCGUUCUGCCUGAUUUUGUACUUCUGCAACACCAUUGCUUGAGGUGCUUGCACUUUCUGCAAAAUUCUGCUUGUGCUUACCCGGCAAACUGAUACCUAUGGAGGUGUUUGAUGUAUCUUAAAUGAAGCAUGUAUGGUGCAAAUAGGCCCCUUUUUCUCAAGAAUUCCACCCUUGCAUUACUAGCAGUGUAAUCAUAUUCCGUUGAUUCAAUUGGACAUGGAAUGACAAUGUAAGUUAUAAAAUAGACCAAGAACAUUUGAUUCGUU